UUUUUUCACUUCAGAGGGGGAAUAUAAUACAACGAGAAAUGUUUUUGAUCUUCAUUUAUCCCUCCUUGAUCAAUAUUGCAUCAAACUAAGCUUGAAAGUAUAUUUUAUACGACUAGCAUUCAGUUCUGUUUGAGUGCACUUUCAGCAAAGAUUUGUUAAAAUGCAUACGCUCGCUUGUUUUGCACUCGUUCUCAGUGCCGCAACAUGCGCUUGGGCUUACUCCAGUGGUGCACCAACCACUGUAUGCGACGACAUGACACCCAAGCAUCCCUUCGAUCCACAGCCCUCUGAGCUUCCGUACACCGUUUCGAUAUCGAAAAAAACUGUCAAGCCAGGCGAGGAAACUGACAUCACCAUCUCAGGAAAGGACUUCAAAGGUUUCUUGGUCCAAGUGAGAAAGGGAGAUAAGGCUGUAGGCAGUUUCGUGAUAGAUCCUAAGGAUAAAGACUCCAAAGCUUUGACUUGUCAUGGAUCUUCCAAGAGCUCGGCUACACAUUCCAAUGCUUCGGUGAGAAAAUCAGUCACUUUGAAAUGGAAAGCACCUCAAGAAAAAGGAGAGUUACAUGUGUUUGCCACAGUCGCAGCCGAUGGCGCCACUUUCUGGGCAAGGAAAAACGUUGGCAAAAUCGUCGUUAAUUAAGUACAAACAAAAUAAAUUAAAAUUUGUAAAUAAUUCUGAAAUAAAAAUAUCAAACCUA